UGACCCUUCAGCCAGGUCCUCAGGCAGGGCGGACCACCCUCUCGAGGCCCUGCCCAGACAGCCAGGGGGUCCCUUGUCCUCUCUUCAGUCCAUCUUUCCAGCUGGGACCAGUUCAGCCCAAAGCCCCCGUGCCUCCGUUUUCCUGUGGGUUGAAUGGGGAGAAUGAGGUAUUGAGGGCCUGGCUCAGACGGAGGGGUUUCCUGAGCACAGGGGAACAUGUUUCCUCCGGCCUGUGAAGGGAGGGAGGGAGGGCUGACCUGGCUGGCCCUGGGAAGCACAGAGGAGCCUACUGGGGCCAGGGAAGACACUGAGAAGAGAAGGGAGGCCCAUCCCUGCCUGCUUCUGUCUCAAGAAGGCUGAUGCCAUUUCCUCUGACGAAAUCCUGUCUUCCUGCCCCCACGGCCCCUUAGCUGGAGGGGCCACCUCACCCUGGAGAGGGUGGGCAGAGCCUCCUACGGAGGGAGCCCUGUGGGCCACCAAAGCUCCCCGCUCCAGCGACCACCGCAGGCAAAGGCCAGCAGAAACCCGUUAGAGAUGGGCCCAGGACUGUGUGCGGGGUGCCCACUGCAGCUCUGAGCCUUCACUUCCUUCUGUGUCCAAGGAAGCCUCUGGAUCAGCCAAGGGCUCAGGUGUGUGGAGGGAAUGACCUGAGGUGCUGUAUGAAGGGACAGCCUCCUGUCCUGCACUCAGAAGUUGAGGCCCAGAGAUUCUGCCCUUCAGCCAGGCCCAGACAUCUGGGUAGAGGGGGCUCCAGUCCUGGAACUGUCACUGCAAGUCACAUGGCCUGGGGCAGUGCUUCUCGGAGCCCUGUCCCCGCCUGCAUAGGAUGGGGAGAUCAGAGGGGAGCCUGCAGAUCCAGUCUCAUGUCUAGGGGGUGAAGGGGUGGCCUCCAGAAGGACCAGUCUGUGUAGGGGACCAUCAGCCCCCUCACCCCUUGAGCAAGGUCGUGGUCCCUGCACCAAGGGAAGAGGCCAGCUGGGCCCUGGUGGUGCCUGGGGACUGCAUGGAAGUCCCUGCCGGGGAGGGAGAGGGACAGAGGACAAGCUGGGGACUCUGGUGCUUGGGCUGGGGUCUGAGCGCCUGUGACCUCCACCGGCUUCCUCCUCCUCCUCCCUGAGGACUGAAUCUGGGACACAGAAGGGCAGAGAAUCAGGCCUGCCUUGCCUCUCCCUGAAAGAGCCUGUGCUGGCCCUGGGCAGAGAGAAGGAUGAGAAGUGAAGCUGAGUGAGGUGGGGCUGCAGGGAUCCAGGUGGGAGGGGCCCAGCCAGCCAAGGUCAGGCCCGGCCCCUCAGCAGGAGGACAGGCACUGGGGCCCUUGGGCAGGGCUGACUUGACACUGACCACAAGGGAGGCCCUUUUGCAAUAAGAGGAAAAAAACCAGAUGGAUAAAGGAAGUGCUGGUCACCCUGGAGGUGCACGGGUUUGAGGAAGGCUCCCGGCCCCCACAGCCCUCUGCGGAGCCUGAGCCCGGCUCCCCUUACUCACCUCAACCUCCAGGUGGCCCCACCACAGGGCCCCUCUCCUGCCUGGACAGCUCUGGUCUCCCCAUCCCCUGGAGGAGAGCAAGGCCAUGGGCCAGCUCCUGCUGCUGCCCCUGCUGCUGCUGCCCCUGCUGCUGCCACCAGCAUUUCUGCAGCCUGGUGGCUCCGCGGGAUCCAGUCCAAACCGCCCUUAUGGGGUCACUCAACCAAAACACCUCUCAGCCCCUGUGGGUGGCUCCGUGGAAAUUCCCUUCUCCUUCUAUCACCCCUGGGAGUUAGCCACAGCUCCCAACAUGAAAAUAUCCUGGAGACGGGGCGAAUUCCACGGGGAGUACUUCUACAGAACAAGGCCAGCUUUCAUUCACAAGGAUUACUCGAACCGGCUCUUUCUGAACUGGACAGAGGGUCAGGACCGCGGGCUCCUCAGGAUCUGGAACCUGCGGAAGGAGGACCAGUCUGUGUAUUUCUGCCGAGUCGAGCUGGACACACGAUCAGGGAGGCAGAAGUGGCAGUCCAUCGAGGGGACCAAACUCACCAUCACCCAGGGUCAGCAGCGGACUAAAGCCACAACCCCAGCCAAGGAACCCUUCCAAAACACAGAGGAGCCAUAUGAGAAUAUCAGGAAUGAAGGACAAAAUACAGAUCCCAAGCCAAAUCCCAAGGACGACGGCAUCGUCUAUGCCUCCCUUGCCCUCUCCAGCUCCACCUCACCCAGAGUACCUCCCAGCCACCAUCCCCUCAAGAGCCCCCAGAACGAGACUCUGUACUCUGUCUUAAAGGCCUAACCAAUGGACAGCCCUCUCAAGACCGAACGGUGAGGCCAGGCACAGUGGCGCAGGCCGGUAAUCCCAGCUACUUUACUCUGAAGCCUGAGGCUGAACAGAGUAAGCCCAGGAGUUCAGCGCCAGCUUUGAUAAUGGAGCGAGAUGCCAUUGCUAGUUAAAAAUGUGUAUUAACAAUAAAGUAACAAAUUUAAAAAGA